AGCCGUUUUCUGACUAAGCAUGAGUGUUGGGAAGAAGAAUGACGACAAGAUCCGGGAUUCCUUGAGAAAAGCCCUUGUCUAAGUGUCAUGUUCUUUCUGCUUUUCUGGUCUUUCUGGCCCUGCAGAUCCGCUGAUCUUUGGGGUGCCUUGCAGCAUGUGACCGGCUUGUCAGACGCGGAGCUGAGCUUAUUGGCUGAGGAGUUGAUGGAGUUGCGUGCUCCGUCGCAACGAAUGCUUUGGCAAAGAAAGGUGGGUCCUUGCGAAAGGGGCCGAUGCGCCUCCGAAGCGACCUUGCGGCUUAUAGCAGCCUUGGGCGAGGCAAAGCUCUUGCCAUCAAGACUCUUUGAACUCUUUCCGGGGGAUCCACUCUACAACUAUUGGAAGGAGUCGGAUAAGACGCCUUUUCAUUCCUGGAUGGAUGCAGAGGAGGCAGAAGAGUCGAUUGAAGCACUGAUUCCUGAAGGUCAGCCGUUGGCCUCUGGCCGGAUCCAAGCAUCAAGCUUCACGUGGAAAGCCAAGGCUUUAAUUCGACAGAUGCUGGGACCUGCGGUCAAUGCCCCGCAUGCCUUGGGGCGGUGUUUGGAAUGGGAUACACCUCACUACAUCAUCAAAGCCUUUCAGAAACUGUGUUUGCGUUAUGAUGUCUUGCAAUAUGCAGAUGGGCGAGCUGUGAAAGAAGAGAUGCGCGUUUAUUUGCGGGGAACUAGGGUCUUGGCACUUGAUGUACUUCACCCACCGACUUGGAUGCCGAAUGACUAUGGAUUGGUGGUUUGCUUUUUCGUCUUGGAGCAUGUUCCGGAGCCACACCGGGCCAUGAGAGGCAUCACCCGUUUGUUGAUACCAGGAGGGUUCCUUUUGCUCGGAGCUCCUUUCAUCGAUGGUGUUCACGGUUGCCCAGACGACUUUUUCCGCUACACGCCACAUGGUUUGAGGAACGUCGCGGAGGCUGCGGGCUUGGAGGUGUUGAUGGAGUUUGCUCCUGGUGAUGCAGCAGCAGCCGCUGGGGAUUUGAUUGGCAUGAAGUCAUCCUACUGGCGAACGGAGGUCACUACGAUUACUAUCGAUUACUCAUAACUGGCAUUUUCGACAGCGUUGACCAACGUACAGCGUUUUCAAGACUGAGAGGAUUUGCUGCAAGACUCGGACACUCAUCCUCUGAACGUGUUCCUAUUGGCCAGGCGGCCACUUCGAGCAGGUCACAGGCGGCCAUGGACACAGCACAACCGCACGACCAUCAGGAAAAAGAG